AUGGACUUCGAUGACGACGGCGAUGACGAGGAGCAUCAAAAGGGCGACGAGGACAACGAUGAUGCUGGUGAUGAGGAGGACGGCGGCGGCAGCGGCAGCGGCGGCGAGGACGACGACGGCCAUGACAGCACCAGACAGAACGACAGAGGGAGCGAAGAGAACGAUCACGAUCAGCGCGGGGCUGCGAGUGACGAGUCGAGGCUGUGUGCACCAACCUUCGCUGAAUUGGCUAUCUACGCGUGGAGCCUGGAAUACAGGGUUUCGUGGAAGCCUGCUGCGCCUUGAUUGAGGCGUUAUAGAGCGAAUGCUUUGACGCCACCAAACUACCGAAGUCGUUUUCAACGCUGGAAACGCGGGUCAAGGCGCAUUUGCGCAUGUGCGUCAUACGGCGCCACGUCGUCCCGCGGAAAGCGUCCAAGAUGACGAUUGCCAAGACCGGUUCAAAGGCGAAUCGCACCACAACAUCGGCGUACACCCUAAGCUUGAAGGAACAGAUUGAGCUUCGAAUUCUGGGAAAACCCGCCCUACUCGGGAGCCUGCGCACCGGCCUCGGCGACUUCGCAGAAGUGCGGACGAACCUAUGGGAGGGCGACGUCUGGCGCGAAAGCGUGUUGGCAUGUCGCGCGGCCUACCCUAUGGAGACAACAAACGGUGAGUGA